AUGUCUGGUCGUGGCAAGGGUGGAAAGGGGCUGGGGAAAGGAGGCGCGAAAAGGCAUCGUAAGGUUCUAAGAGACAAUAUCCAGGGCAUUACUAAGCCUGCGAUCCGCCGUCUGGCUCGUCGCGGUGGGGUGAAGCGCAUCUCAGGGCUGAUCUAUGAAGAGACCCGCGGGGUGCUGAAGGUUUUCCUGGAGAACGUGAUCCGUGAUGCGGUGACCUACACCGAGCACGCCAAGCGCAAGACGGUAACAGCUAUGGAUGUGGUGUACGCCUUGAAACGCCAGGGGCGCACCCUGUACGGCUUCGGGGGUCACCGCAUCGCGGAUCACGUUCUCCAGGAAAACUUUCAGCACCCCGCGGGUCUCUUCGUAGAUCAGCCCCGAGAUGCGCUUCACCCCGCCGCGGCGAGCCAGACGGCGGAUCGCAGGCUUGGUCACCGCAUCGCGGAUCACGUUCUCCAAGAAAACCUUCAGCACCCCGCGAGUCUCUUCGUAGAUCAGCCCCGAUAUACGCUUUACUCCACCGCGGCGAGCCAGACGGCGGAUCGCAGGCUUGCAAGCCCGCCUGGACAGGGCUCCUGGGGAAGCCAGAGGGCCCUGCACCCCGACUCUUCAAAAGCGGUGACCAAGACCCAGAAGAAGGGGGAUAAGAAGCGCCGCAAGACCCGCAAGGAGAGUUACUCCAUUUAUGUCUACAAGGUGCUGAAGCAGGUUCACCCCGACACCGGCAUCUCUUCCAAGGCCAUGGGCAUCAUGAACUCCUUCGUCAAUGACAUCUUCGAGCGCAUCGCUGGGGAGGCGUCUCGCCUGGCGCAUUACAACAAGCGCUCCACCAUCACCUCCCGGGAGAUCCAGACCGCCGUGCGCCUGCUGCUGCCCGGGGAGCUGGCCAAACACGCCGUGUCCGAGGGCACUAAGGCGGUGACCAAGUACACCAGCUCCAACAUGUCUGGUCGCGGCAAGGGCGGGAAGGGGCUGGGCAAGGGUGGUGCUAAGAGGCACCGCAAAGUCUUGCGUGACAACAUCCAGGGCAUUACGAAGCCUGCGAUCCGACGCUUAGCUCGCCGCGGCGGGGUGAAGCGUAUCUCGGGGCUGAUCUACGAAGAGACCCGCGGGGUGCUGAAGGUUUUCUUGGAGAACGUGAUCCGCGAUGCGGUGACCUACACUGAGCACGCCAAGCGCAAAACCGUGACCGCCAUGGAUGUGGUGUACGCCCUGAAACGCCAGGGGCGCACCCUGUACGGCUUCGGGGGCUGAGUCGGCUUUUAACCCCCCUAAAACAUUCAUUUUCCUAAGGUCCUUUUAAGGGCCACCCACGUGUGCACGGAGAGAGCUGAGUUUGCUGAGACUGGGAAGGCGAAGGGUCAAACAGGU